UAUUCGGUCUUCACAGGCUAAAAAGUUAAUUGGCAAAAUGUUGGCCAGAAAUCCAGAAGACAGAAUAAAUUCGUCCGAUGUUGUUAAAGAACUCGCGGAUAUAAACGACCAGUUAAAAGAAGAUCUCAAAUAUGUAGAUAGCAUGGUGCCAUCAGUUUAUCGAAUCAAAAACGAACUGGGAUCUGGAGGUUUUGGGAGCGUCUGGGAAGGAGUUUGGCGACGUCAGAAAGUGGCCGUUAAAAAAAUGAUAAUUUCUGACUUUACAAAGUUAUGCCGUGAAAGAGAAGAAAGCUUGCUAAAGCUUAAUCAUCCUAAUGUCGUUAAGAUGUACCACAUUGAAAGUAAUUUAGAUUAUAAAUAUUUCGCCUUGGAACUCUGCGAUGCCUCGUUAGACAGAUUAUUCCUAAAAGGUGUCGAACAAGAAAAAUACAGGGGGCCAAGACUGCAAGAUAUGCCUUUACCACAAAAUGUGUUUUCCCAAUUGGCCGAAGGAAUGGCUUACAUCCACGAAAAGGGUAUAACUCACCGAUGUAAAGCCUGCAAAUGUGCUUUUCUACGUCAGGUAUAAGAAUCAAGAAUCAGAAUCCGAUCAGAAACAGAUCGAUCAAGUUAUUUUCAAAUGGGCUGAUUUUGGAACAAGCAAAAAAGUGGACAGAUUAACAGGAAAUUGCUCAACGACUGGAUGGAAAUUUUCACUGAUCUGGUGCGCACCUGAAGUGUUGAAAAUUGUCGCAAACGAAAGCUCUCCGUCUGCAGGAAUUAAAAGCGACGUUUUUUCAGAGGGCUUGAUAUUUUCAUGUUAUUUACUUAAAGGUGAACAUCCUUACGGAGAUUUGAAAGACUUCCUAGGCACAGGAAACAAUCUGAGGAAAAAUGAACCGCAAAAAUUAAAUAGUAAUGUCCCGAUAUAACUGUUGUUUCCAGCAAAUAUUUACUUAACAAGCAAAUGGUCAUUUACUCGACCCUUUUAUACAGAAAUACCUACUGAGCAUAAAAUGUUUAAAGAGUUGAUCGAAACAAUGUUAAAAACGGAUCCUACUAAAAGGCCUUCAUCGGAAGAAGUGGCCGAGAAACUUGCAUCAUUUGUAAACCUAGCUGCGCUUGAUGCUGCUUCGAAUUACUCAAGUUCAUCGAGAAAAAUCCCAACAAUAACAUUCGAUAGAAGAACAAAACUUGGAAUUGGGCGAUAUGGGACCGUAUUUAAGGGAAAUUACGGUAGUGUGGGACCAGUGGCAGUUAAAAGAAUUCAACUGGAUUAUUCUAAUGACCGAGAAGAGUCGCAUAUGAUUUUAAAUCAUCAAAAUAACACUUGUCAAUACCUCGUCAAACUUUAUCACGUUGAAAACGACGAAGAUUUCAAGUAUUUCGCAUUGGAAUUAUGUACCGCAUCACUGGAUCAACUGUUUUUGCCUGGUAACGAUCCCCGAAAGUACAAUGGGCGAAAACCAAACAUUUGUGAGGUUAUUUACCAGUUAGCUUUUGGGCUGGAGUAUAUCCAUUCAAAAAAUAUUGUCUACCGAAAUAUUAAACCCGAGAAUGUUUUAAUAUCCGUCGACACUACUAGCACGAAAAUAACAAUGAAAUGGGCAGAUUUCGGAUUCAGCAAAUCCAAAAGUGAACAGGGAAGUUGGUCAUUUUCAGGAAAAGUUGUUAACCAAACACCGAAUUGGUUGGCACCUGAGUUACUAGACCAAUCCUAUGAAGAAAGAACAAAAGAAAAUACAAAAAUGAGUGAUAUAUUCGCAGAAGGGCUUCUCUUUGGCUACUUUCUUUUAGAGGGCCGACAUCCCUUUGGCUCACGUUUUGAAAUUACGAGAAACAUACUCUGCAACGACAAAGUUUAUUUUGAACAGAUUGAAUCAAGCUGCUACCGUGACAUAAUUUUGAAAAUGUUGGAACCCAAUCCUCAGGAUCGAAUUACAUCAUCAAACUUGGUAGCAUUUUUUCAAUCAAAGGAAGAAGACUUGGAAAGAAAACUAUUUGUCUUAUUGGAGAAAACGCCUCUAAACUUGAAUGAAAUCGGAAAUGUUAUUCGCGAAGGCGUGAACAUCAAUUGCGUCAAUGAACAUGGAUUGACACCACUCUUUUGCCUCACACAGAAGGAAAAGGAUGAUUUGAUGCAAGUUAUUCCACUUUUGCUUCAACACGGAAUCGACGUUAAUCACAAGGAUGAAGAUGGAUGGAAUGUCCUUUUUUUCUUGUGUCGCUACUAUCAGAAAGAUAACCUGAUCAAAAUCAUUGAACUUCUGUUGGAACAUGGCAUCGACGUUAAUUGUAAAGACAAUAACGGGAAGAACGUUCUCCAUUUGUUAUGCAAAUAUUAUCAGAAAGAAAAUCUAGUCGGAAUUAUUAGACUUCUGACAGCACAUGACUUUGACGUUAAUUUAAAAAACAAGGAGAACAUUCUUCAUUUCUAUGAGUAUGAGGGAGAAAACUUCAUUGAUAUUGUCGAAGUUUUCAUCGAAAAAGGUGUGGAAGUGGUUUCGGGAGGAAUCAACGCAAGACGCAUGGUUCGUAACAAAAAGUAUCCCAAAAGGUCGAAUGUCGAAAAAAUAAUUGAAUUAAUGGAUAAAAAAUGUUAAAACGUCAAAUUAUUCAAUUAUCAAUUCAGAAAAUAUACACUACAAUAUACACAAUAUACACUAUUUGUAUGUGUGUACGCGCAAUAUUAUCGCAACAAAAUCUUUUUUUUAUACAUACAAAUUGUACAGCAAAUUCUGGCGUAGUACCUACGGAUAUCUAUUUGACAAUAUCGUCUUUGCUGUUAAGAUUCAAAAUUCGAACUAAAUGCAAUUGUGAAACAACUUUGGAAUAGCAAGAAUAAAAUUUUGGGCAAA